AUGGCCCAUCGCAGUGGAUUCGAAGACGCGCUGAGCAGUGACACACUCCGUCAAGUGCUCGAGUGCUUGAGCCUUCGCGAGCGGUUCGCCCUCUUGCGCUGCAACAAACAGCUGCUGCAUCGAGAACCGCUCGCGGCGCCCGAUGUCGUGUCGUACUGUGGCCAGUGCGAAGCCUGUCGGAGCAAGACGGAACACCUGUGUCGGGCCAAGUUCCAGCACGAGUCGACGGGCUUUUGGACGGCGCUGCUCCAGCACGCGACGCCCACGGGACUGACGACGCUCUGUCUUGCGGGCUGCCACGGCUUUGACGCGGCUGUGCUGAAGAGCGCUGGGGCUAGAGCGGCGCUAGCGCCCCUCAAGGUCUUGCAGCUGAACAAGUGUGCAGCAAUGGACGGCGAAGCGCUCGGGCUCGUGGCGGAGCUGUGCUGUAAUUUGAGAGAGCUGCGGUUCCGAGAUAUGGCAGUGGACCGCAACGCGCUGCAGAAGCUGCUGCGCGCGAACGCAGCUUCGUUGCAGGUCGUGGACUUGCUGGGCUGCCACACUGUGACGGGAGACGAUGUGCGGGGCAUUGCGCAGUGCACAGAGCUCCGCGACUUGAGUUUAUGGGGAUGCCACAACGUCGAGAAUGCGGCCAUCAUUCAUGUCGUGCAGCACUGCUCGCGACUCGAGCGGCUGAAUCUGCGCUACGUGCACAAGGUGGACGACAAGGUAGUGGCUGCCAUCGCCACGCACUUGUCACUGCUCAAGGACUUGAAUCUGCGCUACUGCUACAAGGUCUCGGAUCAGGGCGUGCAGUUGUUGUGCGCGUCUCUGCCAGGACUGCGCUCGCUGAACCUCUCGCAGUGUUCGCGGCUGAGUGAUGCUGCUAUCGUGCAAGUGGCUGCGUCAAUGACGCAGCUCAAGGAGCUGCGUCUCUGGGGCUGCACGAAGCUCACGCUAAACGCCGUGUACACCAUCUCGGAGGGGCUGACGGAACUCUCGCUCUUGGACCUGCGCAGCCGCGACAAGCUCGAGACUGUCAUUGGCGGUCCCACCGCUCUCAAGUUCCUCAUCCAGACGUACCGCAGCAAGCUGGCGAGAUGGGAGCAGGCGCAAGGCGAGCAGACCGGUGUGUUCAAGCGCCAAUCCAUUGUCGCGACUGCUGCGUGA